AUGGCAAGACCGAAUAUGUCGGUCAACCAACGAUUUCAAAUUCUGGAUCUCGUCAAUGAGGCAGCUAUCAAGAUUGAUCAGGCGACACAGAUGUUGGAUCAGGCUAAUAUUGAAUUGAUGAAGAAGUAUAUCCAGGUCAAUAAUUCUCAAAUCGUUCAUUUGGAGCUGUCCAAAUUCUUCAUCUAA